AUGAGGAAGGCGGAGGAAUCAGGAGCGACGGCGUGUCAGAUCAACUCAGACGGCACAUUGCCCGGAUCUCGCAGCGACAAGGUCCAGCUGCGAGGCAACGAGAGCAUAGAUGAUCCCAAGGAGGCCGGCCAGGAAUCCGUGGUGGUAGAGCGCAAGGGUGACCACGCGGCCAUCUGCAAAUGGACCAUCGCGCAGUUUGGCAAGGUGAAGGCGCGCGCGCUUUGGAGCAAGUAUUUCGAAGUAGGCGGGUUCGACUGCCGGCUGCUGGUAUACCCGAAAGGCGACUCGCAGGCUUUGCCUGGGUAUAUAUCGAUUUAUCUGCAGCUGACGGACCCUCGCGGGACGGCUAGUAGCAAGUGGGAUUGCUUCGCGAGCUACCGGCUUUGCGUGGUGAACGUGAAAGAUGACAGCAAAACGGUGCAGCGGGAUUCGUGGCACCGGUUUUCCGGAAAGAAGAAGUCGCACGGGUGGUGCGACUUCACGCCGUCGUCGGUCGUUUUGGAUUCCCGCGCGGGGUUUCUGAUGACCGAUGCGGUGCUUAUAACGGCGGAGAUUCUCAUUCUUAACGAGUCCGUGUCGUUUUCGCGCGACAACGAGGUGCUCGCGUCGUCGAUUACUCCCGCUAUCGGGGAGGUUGUUAGCGGGAAAUUCUCGUGGAAAGUCCACAACUUCUCGCUGUUUAAGGAGAUGAUUAAGACGCAGAAGAUCAUGAGUCCCGUGUUUCCCGCCGGAGAUUGCAACCUCCGGCUGAGCGUCUACCAGUCGUCCGUCAACAACGUCGAUUACCUCUCCAUGUGCCUCGAGAGUAAAGACGUCGAUAAAUCGUCCGGCCCGGAGCGCAGCUGCUGGUGCCUGUUCCGCAUGUCGGUGCUGAACCAACGGCCGGGAUCGAACCACGUGCACAGGGACUCGUACGGCCGAUUCGCGGCGGACAACAAGAGCGGAGAUAACACGAGCUUGGGGUGGAACGACUACAUGCGCAUGGCGGAUUUCGUCUCCGCGACCGCGGGGUAUCUCGUGGACGACACGGCCGUGUUCAGCGCGUCGUUCCACGUCAUCAAGGAGUCGAGCACGUUCUCCAAGAACCCGUCGCUGCCGGGCGGGCGCGGCAGCAACGUGAAGAAGGGCGACGGGUACUUCGGCAAGUUCGUGUGGCGCAUCGAUAACUUCACGCGAUUGAAGGACCUGCUGAAGAAGCGCAAGAUCACGGGGCUGUGCAUCAAGAGCAAGCGCUUUCAGGUCGGCGGGCGCGACUGCCGCCUCAUCGUUUACCCGCGAGGCCAGUCGCAGCCGCCGUGCCACCUCUCCAUGUUCCUGGAGGUCACGGACUCGCGCGUGCCAGCGGCCGACUGGAGCUGCUUCGUGAGCCACCGGCUCUCCGUCGUCAACCAGCGGCAGGAGGAUCGCUGCGUCGCCAAGGAGUCGCAGAACCGCUACAGCAAGGCCGCCAAAGACUGGGGCUGGCGCGAGUUCGUUACCCUUACCUCGCUCUUUGAUCUAGACUCGGGGUUCCUUGUAUCGGAUACGGUGGUGUUCUCCGCGGAGGUGCUUAUACUGAAGGAGUCGUCGUUUCUGUUCGAGUAUACGGACGAGGGGGCGGCGUCCCCCGCGGGGCUGGUGGGGAUAGGGGGCGCGGGGACGGCGCAGCUGAUCGCGGGGGGCGCAAUGGACGUGACGAGCGCGAAUAAGAUCGCAAAGCGCGGCGUGUUCACGUGGAAGGUGGAGAAUUUCCUCGCGUUCAAGGAGAUCAUGGAGACGAGGAAGAUCUUCAGCAAGUUCUUCUCCGCAGGCGGCUGCGACCUCCGCAUUGGCGUGUACGAGUCGUUUGACACGCUGUGCAUUUACCUGGAGAGCGACCAGGCGAUGGCAGGAGCGGGCCCGUCCACAGCCACCACCAUGGCGGCGACGGACAUGGACAAGAACUUCUGGGUGCGCUACAAGAUCGGCAUCGUCAACCAGAAGGCCGCCGAGGCGAGCGUGUGGAAGGAGGCGAGCGUGUGCACGCGCACGUGGAACAACAGCGUGCUGCAGCUCAUGAAGGUCGCGGAAUUAUUGGACCCGGAGGGCGGGUUUCUCGUGCGGGAUACGGUGGUGUUUGUCUGUGACAUCCUCGACUGCUGCCCCUGGUUCGAGUUCUCGGAUCUCGAGGGCGUGCCUGGGCAGGUGAUGAUGUCAGACGAGGAGGAGGAGGAGGAGGAGGAGGAGGACGAGGAGGACGACGAGGAUGGGGACGGGCUCAGCACAGACGGAGAAGAGCUGUUAGACAGUGACGACGGGGAGGUGCUGCAGCAGGCGAUAGUGGAUCUACUGUUGGAUAUCAUGGUGGAGUGCUGCCAGCAACGCAACCCCUCCCAGGGCGACACAGACGCUGGGCGGCUGUUUGGCACGGACGACACUGCAACCUCCCUCCCCACGCUUCCAGUCCCCCUCCCGUCCGCCACCACUCCCCCGCUCGCCCCUUCCGCCUGCUCCCCUCCGCCAUCCCUCCCCGCGUCAGCCCCCCCUUCCGCCCCGGCCCCCCGCGAGGGGAAGCGCGGGGGGGGCGGGGGCGCGGGGGGCGCGUCAGGGGGGCGGAGAGACCCCGCGGAUUCCGCCUUCCAGGAGCUGUCAGUGGCGCAGAGGCUAGAGCAGGGGCACGGGGGGCCGGGGGGCUCCGACGCGGCUGUUCAGAGCAGUAGCUACGGCAGCGGAUACGGGGUUAAUGGGGGUGGGGGGGGGCGCCGGGGCGGAAGCAGCACAAGCAGUGGGGGGGGAGGUGGGGGAGGGGGGAAGGGAGCGAGCGCAGGGGCGGCAGGGGGGGUGUUGGGAUCGGGGGGGAGUGGCAGCAGCAGCAGUAGUAGUGGGGUAGUGAUGGGGAGUGGUUCUGGGGAAGGGUUUGGUGCGCAGCAGCAGCAGCAGGAGCAGCAGCAGAGGGGACAGCGACAGCUCCCCACAUCGAUCAAAUGGCCCGAGCAAGCAGACGAGCUACUGGGCAUCAUAGUUGACUCCCUUCGAGCCCUCGAAACCGCCGUGCCGCAAGCCCAGGCCUACCCGUACCCAGACCCGCCGCUGAGACGCCGCCCACACUCGGCGCGCAAGGUGGCGAUGGUGCUGGAGCAUGCGCCCCGGGCCUUCCAAGCCGAGAUCCUAGGCUUGGUGCCGAGGCUGGUGGACGUGGAGGAGCAUGGCGAGGCUGCUGCGGCGCUGCUGCAGCGGCUGAGACAGCCCAAUGCCGAGCCCAUGAUGCAGCUGCCGGUGGUGGGAGCGCUGGUACAAAUGGAGUUAGACCCGCUCACCUGGUCGCUGGUGCUCGAGGAGGCGGUGCUGCUGCUGCCACUCACCACCGACGAUGCCCUUGCAGCCGCCCUCAGCUUCGUGCUCAAGGCAGCAGCCGAGUGCCAGCAGCUCGCCCCUGCUGUUCGAGCGGUGCGGGAGCGGCUGCAGCAGCUGGGUCCGGCAGUCUCCCCCCGCGUACUCCACGCCCUGCGUGCCUCUGUAGUCGCCCGAGAGGACAUAGCCAUGGCCAUGCUGCGAGACAUAGACGCCGACACACGCCCCUUCAACCCGCACCUCCUCUCCUCCGCAAUGGCUGCAGCGGCUGCGUCCCUCCCCUCGCUGCUGCCAAUGGCUCAGAUGGCUUCUAUGGGCCAGAUUGACCUCUCCCACUUGCAGCACUCGCUCACGCCUGAAGCUCUCGAGAGCCUCGCUGCCUCCCCUGCGCUAGGCACUGGCCUGGAGGACACGGAUUUCCCGACGGUGAUCGGGCUGGCAGAGGCGCUGGCGAUGAGUGAGGAGCAGCGCGUGCGGGAGUUUGUGGGCACGCUGUAUGCGGUGCUGUACAAGGUGUAUGGCGACGCGGGGCGCCGGGAGCGGAUACUGAGGGGGCUCGUGGCGAGAGUCACCAGUUGCCAGCGAGGGGCGCCGGAGGGGGAGCUUGUUCGGGAGUUUGUGGGCACGCUGUAUGCUGUGCUCUACAAGGUGUAUGGAGACGCGGGGCGCCAGGAGCGCAUACUGCGGGGGCUCGUGGCGCGGGUGACCAGCUGCCAGAGAGGCGCGCCGGAAGGGGAGCUUGGUCUGGACAUUCUCUCUGCACAGGCGCAAGAGGAGGGGGUGGCGCGGCCAGUGCUGUCCCUCAUGCGCGAGGCGGCUGACGUUAUUUCUGAGUCAACCCAAAAGUCAACUCAAGAGUCGACUCAACCGUCACCUCGCUGUUCCCCAAACCCCCUCUUCCCCCCAUUGCCCCGCGCAGGCGCAAGAGGAGGGAGUGGCGCGGCCAGUGCUGUCGCUCAUGCGUUUCUAGUCGACUCAACCCUUCCCCCUCACCAUCCUUCCCCCUCUCCCAUCCUUCCUCUUUCCCCUCCUCUCCCCCUCUUCCCCCAUGCACAGGCGCAAGAGGAGGGGGUGGCGCGGCCGGUGCUGUCGCUGAUGCGCGAGGCGGCUGACGUGGCAGUGCAGGAGAGGGCGGUGGUGUGGCAGCAGCUACAGGCCACGGAGGGCGAGUUGAGAGCAGCGAGGGCGGAGGGGCAGGGGCAGGCGGAGCGGCACGGGCGGGAAAAGGCAAGCCUGCAGCAGAAGCUGAGCGACGCAGAGGCGACUGUGGGGAAGCUCAAGGUGAGGAACGGGUGGUGGUGGUUGAGAGGGGUGAUGGAGGGGGCAGUGGAGUGGGCCAAGGCGGAGAAGGACGAGGCGGUGAGCAAGCUGGCGGGGGAGAAGCGCCAGCUGGCAGAGCGGCUGAGGGAGAGCGAAUCGCAGCUCACGCAGCUCAAGUCGCGCAAGCGGGAGGAGCUCAAGAAAGUGGUGAAGGAGAAAAAUGCUCUAGCAGAGCGCCUCAAAGCAGCAGAGCAGGCGAGGAAGCGGUUUGACGAGGAGGUCAAGCGUUUUGCUACGGAAACCGUGUCUCGAGACGAGGCUCGGCAGUCCCUGGAGGAGGAGGUUCGGCGGCUGACGCAGACGGUGGGGCAGACGGAGGGGGGCCUGCGGGAGAAGGAGGAGCAGGUGCAGCGAUACGAGGCAUACAUUGAUGGCAUGGAGGCCAAGUUGCAUGCUCACCAGGAUUAUAUUCAAACCCUAGAGGCGUCGCUUCAGGAGGAGAUGUCUCGGCAUGCGCCGCUGUAUGGUGCUGGGUUGGAGAAUCUGUCACUUGCCGAGCUUGAUACUCUGGCUCGGAUUCAUGACGAGGGGCUCAGGCAGUCUCUCCUCGUCGCACCUGCCCUGGGUGCGGCUCUCUAUCUCCCCAACCGCCCCACACCCUCUCACCCUGGGGCUGUACCGCCUUUGCCCAUGCCUGCUGCUGGCUUGGCAGGGCCCGGUGUUGCAGGUCCUGUUGUUGCCGGGGGUCCUGGCAUGGCAGCAGGGAUGGGGGCGGGGAUGGGUGCGGGAGUAGCUGCUGCUGCUGGCGUGGGAAUGGGCAUUCGGCCUGUUCAUCCUGCAAACGGCUUGCCGCCGCAUGUGCUGAGUCAUCCGGCCGGCGGUCUGACUCAUCAUGCUGCGGUGGCUUCUGCUGCUCCUGGGAGCAGAGUGCCUGCUGUGGCCUCGGCCAAUAGCAGUCUGCCAGGUGGAGGCUUGCCUUCCACCAGUGGGCCACAGUCGAAUGGGCCUUUGGGUCCCUGGUUUGCAUCGCACUAG